CACUGCGCGGCCACCAGUCCCCUUGUUCCAUCCCGACACUGGUAACCUGACACAAACCGCCAAGAUGAUGAACGCUGCAGACGUCGAUUUGGACGACUUUACGGUCUUCGAAGGAGGUGCCUCCACGGCCUUCUCUUCUCCGGCUGUCGCUUCCAGCUUUGACUUUAGCAGCGGCGCCUCGAGCGCAGCGUCAAACCUUGGCACCGUGUCCCCCCAGGAUCUUUUGGUCCAAGAGCCCUUCAUGUCGGCGCCCAACUCUGCGGCCCUGACUGCCUUGACUUCUCCUUCGCUGUACAAUGGCAGUCCCGACUUUGAUUCGUUCGACGUCUCUCCCAACUUUGGCACUGCCGAAUUUGAUAACGGUCCUAGCGACCCCUGGUAUCCCUUGUUCCCUUCUGAUACAGCCAGCCACGAGCUUGUCAACCCAAGCGAGUCGCCCGCUCAGAAGCCUCUGAAAUCAGAGCCCAUGUACCGAUCAUCUUCAUCUGGCAGUGGCAGUGGCAGCGGCAAGAAGAAGCCGUCGAGUGGCUCUCCCACGGGCAGCACCCGACACUCUUCCGUCUCUGGUGUCAACUCUCGCCGCCGAGACAAGCCCCUGCCUCCCAUCAUUGUUGAAGACGCCAACGACACUGUGGCCAUGAAGCGAGCUCGCAAUACGUUGGCCGCUCGGAAGUCGCGUGAGCGGAAAGCUCAGCGAUUUGAAGAGCUGGAAGACCGUAUUGCGAAGCUCGAGGCUGAGCGUGAUCACUGGAAGAGGAUUGCACUGUCGCAAUCUGGUCAGCAGUAA